AUGCGAAUCAUGCAUCAGUUUGGUAUCUUCGAAAGAUUGAUGGAGAUUGGAUGCGAAAUCAAUGUCACCAAGUCCUUCGACUUCUACCGUCACGAGAUGAAACAUAGCACUAAUAUUCAGAACAUGCGGAAGAAUCAUGGUCUUGCUCCCGUGGCCUUUCAUCGAGCGCAACUCGUUGAGACUCUGUACGACAAUCUACCAGCUGAGGCAAAAGACAAAGUCGUUCUAGGCAAGAAGUUGGACGGUAUUGAAUCAGGGCCGAACGGGGUGACUGUUACGUGUGUUGACGGAAGCACAUACGAAGGGUCCAUCGUGAUCGGUGCAGACGGUGUCCACAGCAAGACACGACGAUGCAUGAGACAGCUCGCCCUCCGCGCAAACCCAUCUCAGGACUGGGAUCCCGAGAUUCCAUUCCAAGCACACUACCGAUGCCUGUGGGCAAGCUUCAAGAAUCCUACAGAGCACGGCCAGAACUACGACACUCAACACAAGGACCGUAGCUUGAUGUAUAUCACAGGCAAGGAGCGCGGCUGGAUGUUCCUGUACCAAAAGCUCCCUGAGCCGACGACUCAACGAACGUCCUUCACUCAGGCCGAUAUCGAAGCAUUCGCAGAUGGGUUCAAAGAUUUUCCGGCAAACGAGACUCUGUACGCAAGAGACCUGUGGGCGAGAAGAGUGACAACCGGUAUGGCGAAUCUUGAGGAAGGCAUCUUGACCAACUGGAGUUGGGGCCGCAUCGUUCUUGUGGGAGAUGCCUGCCACAAGUUCACUCCUAACGCCGGCUUGGGCCUCAACAACGGCAUUCAAGACGUGGUCAUGCUCUGCAACGGUCUGCGAGAGGCAGUGUGUUCGGAUUCCAGUGGAAAGCCCGGUAUCUCAGCUCUCAGCAAGAUCUUCAAAGGUUAUCAAGAGACUCGCAAGGGAAUGCUCAAACCCGAGGCGUCGCAGUCCGCCCAACUCACCCGCAUGCAGUCUUGGGCUAGUACAGCCCACUAUGUCAUGUCCAAGUAUGUGAUGUCGACCGGCUGGGUAGAGUAUCUUAUGAUCAAAACUUUGGCUGCAAAUGGUAUUCGACAAGCUCUUGUACUCGACUACGUUCCGGGCGAAGAGCCGAUCAAAGGUCGUGUGAGUUGGAAGCAUCCUAUUCCAUCACCAAAGGCGGUUCUGGAAUGA